AUGGUAAGUCCCUAGGGCUCUGGCCAGCCAAUGCGCCCCAGUCUGCAGACCCGCUAACAUCGCAUUCCAGGCCGACAAGCUCCGCACUCAGCAGCAGCUCGAAUCGCUCCAGAACAAGUACAUCGGGACCGGCCACGCAGACACUACAGCGCACGAGUGGACGUCCAACAUCCAGCGCGACUCGUGCGCAAGCUACCAAGGCCACCCUCCCCUCCUCCACUACAUGGCGAUCGGGAUGGGCAUGCCGAUGGAGAAGAUGCGCAUGCACUGUAUGGAGAAGAUGGUAUUACCUUGUGGGCCGGCACCGGCGGUGGAGGAAUGA